UCGUGCGCUUGUUUUCUGCUGUUUUGUGCAUGUUUGAACCUGCAUGUGUGUGAAGGCGAUUAAAGAUUACCCAUGAUGCCCCUGGCUGCCGCUGAUGAGCCCGUGUGCCCGAAGUUCCAGCCCAACAUCUUCGACUCCACCCGCUGCCAAGAGUGCUUGCGACAGGAACACCUGCACAACACCUGCAGCGGCGGCGAGCACGCGCCCGGGCCACGCGCUUCUGACGAGAAAGACACCAGCGCCAAGGAGGACUCAGAUGUGCUGUCAGUGGUCAGCAGCUACUGUGAUGUCAGCAGAGGGGGGCGGGGCUUUGAGGAGAGCUCCCUCUGCAUCUUGAGUCCCGACUGUGACCUGUAUCUGUGUGACGGAGACGACGACCAAAGCUCGGACAGUCAGGGUGACGAUUCUGUGUACAGCAUCUCUGCCGGUCCUGAGGAAUACUCCAGCCUCCUUCAUCAUCCUUCAUCUUACCGUAGAAUGACCCGCUUGGAUCCGCCGCCGCACCGGACGAGCCCCCGUUCCUGGACAGAGGUUUCUCCGAGUCGCCGGGAUGGCUUUGGCCAGAUCGGUUUUUCUCACGGCAGCGUGAAGGAAGGAAGGGAUCGGGAGAGUGGAUAUUUCUCUCUGGGAAGGGCUGCCGGGAGCAGAGCUCUCCGUGAUCAGAGUCCCCCUGCUCCUUAUCGGCAUUAUGAGAGAGGGCAUCCCUUGCCUAGCAACAAAAGCCCAGAACCCAAAGCCGUCAUUCCUUUUCGUAACCCGGAUCUAGGCGUCCCCUCGGAAAGGAGAACCUCAGAGUUUCAGAAUCCCGAGCAGCUCGCAGAAGACUAUCCUGCGCAGUAUCCUCCAGACCCACUGGAUCUCAGCGUGGAGGUCGAGGCCCUCGCCGGUCCCCGAGCGCUGAGUCCCACCCCGUUCAAACAAGCUGAAUCGAUCGGUUCCUCCGGCCGAAGAGGUGGACGAAAUCCCCACACCUCUCCCUUGCGGCAGCCGGGAACGCUCAACUCUUCCCAUGGAGGUUCCGGCCUCUCACGUUCCUCCUCUCCCUCCCGUAGUACCUCCCCAUUCAGACGGGCCGAGUCCAGCUCCUCUCUCAACACGGUCGGCUUUCGGCCUUGCGGUGUUUCACUCGGACAAAAUCGGGCAUCGGUCAGUCCGGCACGGAAUAGUUAUUCUGGAGGUGUGCAGAAAAACCUCAGAUCAUUUGCGAGCACCGUAGGCACCGUCAGUACUGUCAGUAAGUCUUAUGUGGAUCUGAAAGGCUCUUUACAGAAACCCAAUACCAACAGCUCCUUCGUUGGGUCUAGAGAAAACCUUGGAAGCUUGUCCCCUUCCAGACGGAGUUAUGAAGGUCCUGCUCUUAGGAAAACUGAAACAAAAAGCCCUACAUAUGAACGUGGUCAUGACAGACAGAGUUCCUCCCCCUCAGUGAACCGAUUUGAUUCAAGAAGCCAGUCCCCUUCCAGACGGAGUUAUGAAGGUCCUGCUCUUAGGAAAACUGAGACGAAAAGCCUUACAUAUGAACGCAGUAAUGAUAGACAGAGUUCCUCCCCCUCAGUGAACCGCUAUGAUUCAAGAAGCCAGUCCCCCUCCAAACGGAGUUAUGAAAGUCCUGCUCUUAGGCAAACCGAAAAGAAAAACCCUUCAUACGAACGUGGUCAUGAAAGACAGAGUUCCUCCCCCUCAGUGAGCCGCUAUGAUUCAAGAAGCCAGUCCCCCUCCAGACGGAGUUAUGAAAGUCCUGCUGUCAAGAAAACUGAAACGAAAAGCCCUUUGUACGAGCGUGGCCAUGACAGACAGAGUUCCUCCAUCUCAAUAGGUCGAUAUGAUUCAAGAAGCCAGUCCCCCUCCAGACGGAGUUAUGAAGGUCCUGCUCUCAAGAAAACUGAGACGAAAAACACCUCGUACGAGCGUGGUCAUGACAGACGGAGUUCCUCCCCUUCCUCAAAGGGCCGCUAUGAUUCAAGAAGCCAGUCCCCGAUGGGGAGGCCGAAGACAAAUGGCUCAUCAAGUCAGAUUCGAGAGGGUCGACGCAGUGCGUCUCCGGUCAGGAAUGGCUACGGAACACCCAGCCAAUCAGACAGAAGAUCUGUGUCUAAUGGGCGGAGUCAUGACAGAAACAGCCCCUCCCCAUCCAGGAAAAGUUAUGAAACGCAAAGCCAAACCACAAUGAAGACACCAGAAGUAAAUAGCUCCCUUCACAGCUACAACCGAGACAGCCGACACUCUUCCCCAAGUAGAGGUCCACACCGAAACCUUGGCUCAUCACCGCUUCGUAAGUCCGAAACGAGCCAGUCCUCAUUAAACCGUGUCCCCAAGAGCCGCAGUCCCUCCCCCUUAAGGCGGGCCAAUGACACCCCAAGCCAAUCUCUUCCCCGUAAGUCAGAGAUGUCUACAUGUAUGUCUACACUGAGGCGUGACAUUGCAGACCACAUCCCUCUCAGGAACACUGUGAGUGACAGAACUGGCUCCACCUCUCAUGUAAGAAACUCCUCAAGUAACCAAUCACAGCAUGAUUCAACCCCUUCAUCAGGCCGCUGGAGAGGCUCCACCCACUCCCUCAACAGCCAAUCAGUCUCGCGUAACUCCUCCCCAUCACGACACAGCACUGAGAAGAAACAUAUCAGCUCCUUUCCAAAAGCUGUCCCUGCUGCUUGGGAACCACCACAAGACGCAAGCAGGAAGAGUAGCAUGAGGAAAAGCCAAGAGGUGCAAAGCUCCACGCCUAACAACCGCCGAGCGCCGAGCCGCCACAGAAGCCCCUCCCCUCCGGUCCAAAGACACACCUCUUCCCAGAGCUCCAUGGACUCGGAGUCAAGCCAUCUAUCCGCCGGGUCAUCGGGUCUCAACCGGGAAGAAUAUACCAUGAUGGCUGACAUUCCCACGGUCAAAACGGUCUUCCAGAGGGAGGGUCCGAACCAGCUGGGGGGGGUCGAGAGCCGUCAGAAACGAGAACUUUCCCGCUACAAACCGGCCAGUCACUCCCAGAGCAAAUCUCCUCACUGGGAUUGGGACGAGCUAGAGGAUGAAAGAGACAGUGGUACACUAUCAAGGGCUCACUCCUCCAGCUCCCUGCACACACAGAGAGCGAGCAGUCCGGUCGAGGAGCAGCCGUCCAGAUCAUCCGGACAGAAGCAGAAAGCACACAGACCCUCAGUGUAUUUCUCCUGCAGCGUGGAUCAGACUGAUGAAGAACCAAUGCAGCAACAGGCACGUCACUCACUACCACCACACUACACUAACAGGGACCAUUCACACAUAUAA